UACGUUGUUUUGGUUUGAGGUUGAUUCUUUUCCCGCGAGAUCUGGGAAGUCUUCGCACCCCCUGACCGCGGUAUACACACAGCACCAGUCAGCUGCAACAGCACCUCCAGACCACCACGACUCGCGUGCAAGAAAAUUCAGCCCACCUAGAAGUUUUAGACAUUUGUCAAAAUGUCUGAAUCUGUGUCCGACUUUCAGGCACAGGUUGCUUCUCUGAUGGACGUUUUGUUGAAGACGGCAGUUAAGGAAAUAACAAAACUUUUUGAAGAACGCUACAAUGCAGGGAGAUGCAUCGCACAGACCGAAACUAAAACAGUGGAAAAGCCCAGAGAGAUUUCACUGUCUGCUGUGCGAGCUCAUUUGGAAAGUUCACUAAAAUCUUCUCGCGGUAAAACGCUAUGUAGUAUCGGUGUGCAAGUGGGAAAAGAAUGGACGCCAGUGCAGACAGAGGCUCCACCCCUCCUGCUGCCCUGCCCCCUUCCUCGGCCGCGGGGCAGCUCACUUCAGGGGGCCCCACAAGAAGAUGCCACAGCCUCUCCAGAGGAAAUGGAGGGGUUGAGCACCUCAGGCUCAAACCACGGCCGCAAGGAGGAAGCCCUGGGAUCCGUGGACCUGCACUGUACCGUUGACCUGCCUUGCACAGCACUGAAAGAUAGGGAUGGGGACUUUGCUGCUAGCAAGGAGAGCAUUGUGUCUGGCAAGCCGCAGCCUGAGCAGUCCAGUGUGGCAGAUGCGCCUAAAGAGUUUGGCAAUGUGUUUAACUACUUGAGAAAGACCUUGGGGUGGUCAGACUCGCAACAGACACCAGACAGCCCAGAGCCGCCCGUACUUGAGAAGGAAGUGCUAGCAGAAACUGACAACAACCCCGCCGCCGCCGCCGUGACCUACGAUGACGGCCUGCCAGACACUCCUACCUCGCUCUCCCUCUCUUCGCCCACGUGCACGAGCCAGUCCGACCAAAGCCUCGCCAGCUCCGGCUCCUCGAGCGACCGGGACCCCGAUCCCGACCCCGCCACACCUGUGCAGGUGGAGGUGCAGGCCUUGCCCGCCCUGCCGGAGGCCAUGCGCUUCCAGCUGGGCGUGGAGCCUCGUGACUGGAAGCUGCUGCAGCCCUGCGCCGUGCAGCUGGUGGACCUGCACCUGCUCACGGGGCCCAGCAGGGGGCACAGCUUCCCGCGCGGCUCCCCGCGGCCCAAGGACCUGCGCCCCCACCAGGGCCUGCACACCGGCCGCCGCCUCUGCUGCUUCUCUGAGUGCGGCGGCGGCGUUUGGCGCGUGGUCGGCUCGGUGAAGGCCAAGGCGAAGACGAAGGCGGCGGGUGGCGGUUCAUCGGGGGCGCUGGCCUGCAAACUCUGCGGCAAGACGUUUGCACGUCGCAAGCUGCUGCGGCGGCACGAGCGGUUCCACGUGGGAGAGCAGCCGUACGUGUGCCACCUGUGCCGCAAGAGGUUCACGCUGCGCAAGAGCCUGCGGCGCCACCUGCGCUUCCACACCGGGGAGAAGCCUCACGGGUGUCCACACUGCAGCAAGUGCUUCCGGCUCAAGGACAGCCUCAAGGCACACAUGCGCUUCCACACGGGAGAACGACCCUUUGCCUGCACGCUCUGCCCAAAGAGCUUCAGGCUGCAGAAGAACCUGGAGGUCCAUACGGCGACUCACUGACAUGGCGUGACUUGAUGCAGGGAUGCCGAAAAGAGGGGGGCGGCAAAAGGGUCACUUGUCCUGGGCCCAGGGUGAAUGGGGGCCCAGAAAUGGGUCCUCAUUACAUUGCAUGUCUUGGUAGAGGGAAGCCCUUCACCUGACUUUGUCCAGGGCCUGGCCAAAGCUGUCAGUGACCCUGCUAGACGUCACGUAACCUGUGACAUACUGACUUGGCACUCACUCACAGAGGGAAGUUUGUUUUGCUGCUGCGUGUGUUCUCCUUUUUGCUUUGUGAGCUACCUACGUUUGUUUCCACUUGAUUCGUUCAAAGGCUGGAGGUGACGGCCGUGACUCGGCUCUGGAGACAGACUGGCACGGACACGUCAAGAGUACAUCUCACUUCCAGCGUGUAAGCACCGUCGUGGUGUUUUGUUGGUUAUCAUUUUCCAGACUGGACAGACUCAUCUGAUGUGUAGACAUGACAAACAAGGUUUACUGUUGAUCAUGGUUGGAUGUAAACUACUAAGAGAAGAACUUUUUAUCUCCAGAUUUUAUUUGUUAUUGUUGUAUUUUGUGUUUUUGAGGAGGUGAUCUCAACCUUAGGGGUUUGACAAGGCCACUCAGUCUCUUGGUCAUUUAAAGUGAUAUUAAUGUAAAAUACAUUACAACACAAUAUGACUGACAGGUGUACAGUCCCCUCCAUAAGUCAAUAGCAAGCCAAAUUUGGUUGCUUGGUUUACCAAUACUCAGUUGGAUUUGUGUUUUGUUUUCAUCCCACUCAACUGUAACUGGUCUUGAUAUUUGAGACGUCAGAGUUAUAAUAACUAUUAAAUGUAGUUUCCUUAUACAUUUAUAUGCUAAUUUUAACCAAAAUAUGCUUUGUAUGCAGUACCCAGGAAGUUAAACUAUUAUAUACAUCAAGAAUCAUUACUCAAUUUUUGACUGGUGAAUGUUGUCAACAUGAAGAAUUUUCAUGUGGCUUACACUGGAGUUUAUUUGGGCCUGUAUUUUUGUUGUUGUUGUUGUUGCUUUUGGAUCUUAAAACGUGCACAAAUGUAAUGUGCUCUUCUAUUAGCCUGGUCUUUUUUUUAUCAGUUUGCAUUCUUUAUGAUUAAAGAUGUCUUUUGUUGACCUUUUAAAUGUUUGCAUUGUUUCAGUUACCAUUGCAAAGGAAUAAAUUGCUCGAUUGCUUAAGAGCUCAUAAAACUUUUAUAUUAAAAUAUUUAUAUAUAGGCUACAUUCAUGGGUUUAAAACAUUUCUCAAUGCAAACACUGAGUGUAAGCUAUGGGGAAGUUUGGAUACAAAGGCAGAAAUAGUUUCCUUUCUUCAAUCGUUCUGACUGAAUAUUCUCCAAUAUUGAGCCAAGCCA